GAUGAGAUUUAUAAGGAAAUAUGGGUUUCUGUUGAUUUUAGUAUGCAUCUAUAAAUUACUAGAAACUAAAUGUAAUAGCUCAAAUAUUAGGGAGAAACCUUUUAAUUAUGGCCUUAAAUCGACAAUAAAACAGUCAAAAUAUGUAAAUGAUACAAUACCCACUGAGAAACGGAGCAAUAAAAUUAGAAAACCUAGUUUUAAAGCACAGGAGGUAAGUAUCCCUGUAUUAAAGAGAACUUUGGAAAGUGGUACGAUAAAUGAGGACGAUAUAGUAUUUUCACCAUUGGAAGAUAAUGUUAUAGACAAUUUUGAGUUAACUGAUAAUUUUGUGUUAAAAAGUCAACAUAUGAUGGAUUUAGACAAUGAUAUAUAUAAUUUAGAACUAGAACCUACAUUUGGGAAGUUUUCGAAAGAACUAGUUGAAGAGAAACAACGGCCAAUGAUAAUCCACGCAAGAUUUGGGGAGCCAGUUCCUCAAAUAAGUGAAGAAGAAUUAGAAUUGUAUGGAUCUCCAAAUAAAGAUAUGAUAUUAGCUAUGGAAAUUCCAACAAUGAAACCACAAGUUCAAUUCAAGGAAAUACUAAGAUUAAGUAAUUCAAGAUACAAAGGACUAACUCCAAGACAUCGAACUGCACAACCCAAUGUAAACUGGUGCAGAGCAAUUGGGCGAAUGGAUCCUAGGAAUAUAGAAAAAGCUACUACAAUUCGUCGGUUAAUGCAAAGUGGUUGGAUUAGUAUAUUGGGUGGUACAGGAGAAGGUGGUGCAGUUAGUUUCAGAGGUGAAUCAGGUCAAAGAGGACCUAUAGGGUGGCCAAUACAAAAUAUAUGUGAAGGAAUAUAUUUACUUGAAACAACAUAUCAUGGUACAGGAGACUGUGAACGAAUUCUUUUAGAUUUAUUAGCUCGUUACCAUGGCCAAUGGGGUCUGUUUCUUAAGAUUUUUAGGCAAAGAUUUCGUCAGGUAUGUCAAUAUGUUGGUUAUAGUAUAGGAGAGUGGGAACUUCAAAAUGAUAGGGCAUAUGCUCCUUUUGGAGUUUUUCGAUCCUCAAGAUCUAAGAGAGGAAAAUAUAUAUUGACUGAAGAAAGGCGUGAAAUGCUAAAUAUGCUACGAAAUAGAGGUAGUAUAUGUAGUCAAAUUUCUGAAGAAGAUAAUCAUAAGGCCAUGUUAUUAAAAUCAACCAUUGAUAAAUUUCUUCCUUUAAAACAUAUAAACUAUAGAGUUGUACUAUCUGAUUAUUGUGAAGUUGUAUAUGCAAAGAGAACAAUUGUAGAAUGUGUUGAAGCAAUUUUGACUCUUUUUAAGAUAAAGAGUACUAGCAAUUUUGAUUCUACUUCACGUUUCAAUUUUGCUAGAGAUAUAUUUUCUCAAGCAUGUAAAAAAGCAGGAUUUAUAAGUUUAAACUCCCAGAGUGAAGAUAUGGUGAGUCAAUCAGAUAAAGAAUAGGAGUAAAUAUCUAAAUUCUUGAGUCUUAUACUUAGUAAAAUAGCUCAAUUAGCUAGAUAUAAAUAGGAGAAAUUUAUUUCUGGUAUAUUAUUUGGAUUUAUCUAUGUGAGAUAUACUAUAUUAUUUUGUUAUAAUUUCUUUGGCUUACACUAAAUACCAUGUAAAGUAGAUUCAUCAACUAGGCUACCGCUUAGAUUAUCAAAU